AUGAGGGCUCCGCCCUUUACUGAUGACAUCAAUGGGGAGAUGGUUCCCCCGAAUUUCAAGCUCCCAAACUUGCACACAUAUGACGGCCGAGGUGACCCCGAGGAUCACCUCCGCGCCUUCAUCUCCUCAUUCCGCCUCUACUGCGUCCCUGACGCCGUGAUUUGUCGGGCUUUCCCCAUCUUCUUACAUGGGACUGCCCGAAAGUGGUUCUGGAGUUUAGAACCGGGGAGCAUUUCCUCCCUGGAUGAACUGAUAGACCGGUUCAUCCACCGCUUUGUGUCGUCUCGACCAAUAACAAAGACUUCAGCUUACCUCUUGAACCUGCAACAGGGUCAGGGCGAGUCUCUUCGCUCGUAUGCCCAAAGGUUCAACGAGGAGAAUGUACAGAUCCCUGAUCAGAACGAGCAGGUAACUAUUGCUGCAUUCACCAACGGGUUGGUGGCAGGGAUCUUCAACACCAAAAUCCAUCGGGAGUACCCCCAUACACUUCGGAAACUUUGGGAAAGAGUGGACCAGGGAAUCCGAAGUGAGGAUGUAAACCGCAUGAAGCGAGAAGUCCAAGCAUCUCGUACGGGGCAAGAUCCUCGGAGGAGAAAAGACACCGGUCGAGGUGAACCAGGCCAGAGUGGCACUUCAAACCAGUUCCGAGACCGCCGGAGUGUCUUCGACCGGAUUGUGAAGGGAAGAUCGUCCAUCUCGGACGCCGAGCUGACGCCGCUAAAUUCCAGCCGAUCCCAUGUUUUGGCUGUGAUGAGACAGAACCACCUCGGCCGAACCCCUCCUGAGAUCCCGGGAAGAAGGGAUAAGAGGAAUUCCAACCUCUACUGUGCCUACCACAGAGAUGUGGGGCACGAGACUGAAAACUGUAACGACUUAAAGCGAGAAAUUGAAAACCUGAUCCGACAAGGAUACCUGAAGCAAUUCGUCCGCAAGGAUGGGGGUUUCAACCGAAGUGCCUCCCACCGGGAGAGCCGAGAUCCCCGCCAAGAGGACAGGCGGGAUACGAAGCUUCAUUGCCGAGGUCCCGAGGAACCUAAGGGGGAACAGAGGCCUCCACGCGACAGAUCACCAGGCUACGGCCCAAACAUCGCCGGGGUGAUCAACACCAUCUCGGGUGGCCCCACGGGAGGAGACAGUCAGAACUCCCGGAAACGGACAUACCGCCAGGCCGGCAUGGAAGCUGCCGAGCCGAACUCCCGGUUAUCCGAAGUGAUCACCUACGGUCCCAGCGACCCCGUCCCCGCCGCCUCCAGCAAUCACGAGUCCCUCGUGAUUGAAGUCCUCACUAACAACUACAUAGUCAAGAAGGUCUAUGUGGACCCCGGAAGCUCGGUAGAUGUCCUGUACUACCGAACUUUCGAGAGUUUGAAACUGACCGGGAGCAACUCACUCCGGUCAGAACUCCUCUUGUCGGCUUCGGGGGACACGUCGUCCACCCGGAGGGGAUGGUGA